AUGAUAGUAAGCACUUCACAUCUCGUAGCUUGUAGAUCUGAUCGCUCAAAUCUCCUCACGCUCAAAUCUCCUCACAUAGUUGUCAUCUCUCCGUCUGAAAAGACGCUUCCCGCGCGUCUAAACAUGCAGAUUAUAAAGGAACUCCAAACCAGAGUUGCCCCUACAAUCUUCACUCCAAGAGCUGUAUACGAUGGCCGGAAGAAUAUGUUCGCUAUUCGGGAACUGCCGUUCGAAGGAGGGAUCCAAGAGUUUGAAGUCAGCCUGUCCGAAACUCGGAGCGACAGCGCCAAGGCUCCGAAAGUCUACAAAGUUCGUUUGAAUAAAGUCGCAGAGAUCAAUCCUGAGGUCCUUAAACGCUUCAUAGAAGGUGACCAAUCACACGAUAACUCAGUGAUUACGGCGAUAACUGCUCUGAAUGUUGUGAUCCGCAUGGAUCCGACCCUUAGGUUCCCUUUUAAUGUCAGAUCCUUUUUCACUAGUCGUGAAACUAGGGAAAUCGGUGGCGGCAUCCAACUUUGGCGGGGAUACUUCCAAUCUGUCCGGCCUGGAAUAGGCCAAAUGCUCAUCAACAUCGACAUUUCCACCGCCACCAUGUAUAAAAGUGGCCCCCUCAUUCCCGUCUGUCUCGAAUUCCUACGGAAAAACCAACCAUCUGCUCUCUUUGCACAGACUCUCCCAGAUCGGGAAUUCCUUCGCCUUCAAAGGUUCAUCUCUGGUUUGCGGAUCACGACCAAGACGUCAGCUCAAGGCGGAAGAGCCUCGACUCCUCGCGUUAUCAAGAGGUUGACGCGUCCCAGCGCUAGGAAGGAGGAAUUCACUCUCAGAGAAGGCGGGAAAAUGACAGUCGCUGCCUAUUUCCAAAAGGCCCUGAAUAAACCACUGCAAUUCCCCGAUAUUGGUUGUGCAGAGGUUGGUUCCGGUGCCAAGAUUCCCCUUGAGCUCUGUGAGGUUCCCCCAGGGCAGAUCAUGCGCAAACAGAUACCCCCCGAGAAGACUAAGGACGUUCUUGACUUCGCGACCAAGAAGCCAAGAGAGCGGUUGGAGAGUAUCAGAACUGGCCUAGAGGUGCUGGCCUACGGACAAUCGGAAUAUGUUCGGCAAUUCGGCAUGAACGUGAAUACGGCCAACCCUCUCAGGGUUCAAGCUAGAGUUCUGAAACCACCUACUCUUCGCUACGGUGCAAGUAGUAAGCAGCCGACCAUCGUCCCCAACAAUGGGGCAUGGAAUAUGAUCGACAAGAAAUUUUACAGACCGGUACAGCCCAUCCAGCGAUGGGCCCUCGUAAUCUUCGAAUCGUCGUCGAAAUUCCCGCUUCAAGCCGUCGAAGAUUUGACGAAGGGUCUCAUCGACGGCUGCAAAGAAGUUGGAAUAUCGCUUGCAACCACGAAAGUACUCAAAUACUUCAAUGGACAAGGUCGAGUGAGGGAUCUUUUGCGUAGUGCUGGCGCGGAAUGGGUCAGCAAAGCACAAAAACCUCCAGAAUUAUUUGUUGUUGUGCUACCGGAAGGCGGCAACGAGAUAUACACCGAAGUCAAGCACUUCGGAGAUAUUGAGAUGGGCAUCCCAACGCAAUGUCUAAAGUCUAUCAAAUGCUCCAAGGCAAAGCCUCAAUACUGGGCAAACAUAUCCUUAAAAAUCAACGUCAAAUUGGGUGGCAUCAAUACUAUCCCGGACCCAUCUUCAGUGUCGGUGCUAACUGAUCCUCACAUGCCUACGGUUGUGAUGGGUGCCGACGUCAUCCACCCAGCCCCUGGCUCAGACGGAAGACCUUCCUUCACCUCACUGGUUGGCAACGUCGACAGCGACACCGCCAAGUAUGUUGCAGAUUCUCGUGUUCAGACCUCCCGACAGGAGAUGAUCGCGGAUCUGGACGAGAUGGCGAAGCAAAUUCUGAGCCUUUAUAUGCGAUACCGACAGGCUGUCGAAAAGAAACCCGGCCCCUCGGUCAAGCCGAAGAGAAUCAUUUUCUACCGAGAUGGUGUUUCCGAAGGCCAAUUCAAGCAGGUCUUGGAGCAAGAGCUCCCUUUACUGAGAAAGGCCUGCGCUGAACUGCAGAUCGACCCCAAGAUCACCGUCAUCGUCGUUGGAAAACGUCAUCACGUCAGAUUCUUCCCGCAAUCCGAACGGGACGCUGACAAGAGUGGUAAUUGUCCUGCUGGAACCGUCGUCGACCGCGAAAUCGGCCACCCGCUUGAGUUCGACUUUUACUUGCAGAGCCAUGGAGGGCUCUUGGGAACCAGCAGACCAGCUCACUAUUCGGUUCUGUACGACGAGAACAACUUCACAGCGGACUCUCUCCAAUCGCUUUCGUUUGCAUUAUGCCAUGUGUACGCUCGGUCGACGCGCUCGGUCUCUAUCCCAGCUCCUGUUUAUUAUGCCGACAUUGUCUGCUCUCGUGCCAAGAAUCAUUUCGAUCCCAAUGAACAGUGGGACUUGACGGGGUCGGAGGAGGCCUCCGUCGCAGGCAGCAACGUUGUGGUCACUGGCGCCACGGAAUCCCUGGACAGAUUCCAACGAGGAUUCAAGCCGCUGCACAACUCACAACGCAUCUUGAUGUAUUUCUCGUAA